AUGACUCGCACGUACGCAGUGCCGCAGCAGUAUCAGCAACAGCAGCAGCACGAGACGAAGCAGAUUAGUACCGAGCAGAUUCAGGCCAUGCUGGACGAAAACUCGAGUCUCAUUGUCGAGAUCAUUGAGCUGAACACGCAGAUCAAACAUGGCAAAGGGACGGCGCAGAUGGGGGAAUUCACGGAGAAACUGGACAAGAAGCGCAAGAUUCUUAACAAGAACCUCAUGACGCUGGCCAAGUGGGCCGACGAGUCGUCCGAGACGUCUCCGCGCCCGCCACAGGUCUAUGGACAGUCCCAAAUGUCACAGAAACAACAGCAGCAACAACAGCAACAACAGCAACAGCGACACCAGCAGCAGCAACAACAGCAACGGCAGCUACAGCAACAGCAGCGGCAUCAGCAGCAGCAACAACAGCAGUAUGCUGGAGCAGGAAUGAUGCAGAUGCCCAUGGGCAAUCAAGCCCAAUAUCAAGCACAGGCUCAGGCUCAAGCACAGGCAAGAGCCCAAGCUCAGGCGCAAGCUCAGGCCCAAGCGCGACUUCAAGCGCAGGCUCAAGCCCAGGCGCAAGCAUACGCCCAGGCCCAAUACCAGGCACGGUUGAACCCCAUGAUGGCUCAGCAAUAUGGACAAAUGAACCCGAUGGCUCAACAACAACAACAGCAGCAGCAGCAGCAACAGCAGCAACAACAGCAACAACAACAACAACAGCGGUAUGCUAAUGGCGGCAUGCCUUACGCCGCUCCCGGCAAUGGGCCAAUGUCCCAUCCUAUUCGAAUGAACAAUGGCUUGCCGAAUUCCACGAGCUAUGCAGACAACCGGGGUGGUAUGGUGCCAAACAUGGGGUAUCAAGUCCCUCCUCAAGGCUACAGCAUGAUGCCUCCGUCGCAGCAGAUGCAGCGCGUGAACACAGCGACGCAAGGGAUGCCUCAACAGCAGAGCAUGCAAAGCAUGCCGCAUCAGAGCAUGGCGAUGCCCCAGCAAAGCAUGGCCAUGCCGCCACAGAGUAUGGCCAUGCCUCAGCCAAGCUCGGCGAUGCCCCAGCAAUCGAUGCCAAUGGGUCACUAG